CUGCGCGUCGCCGGGCCGUUAGUAGCGGAGGUUUACAGCGUUUGUUUCAGUAGCGACGGUGCUCGCGCAGAUAGCCACGCUAACGCUACCUUAGCUAAUUAGCAGCAAGUGAACAAUUCCGCGAUGGCCAGGUAUCUGCGCCCUCCCAACACCUCUCUUUUCAUCAGGAAUAUCUCGGACGAGUCCAGGCCUGAGGAUUUGCGGCGUGAGUUUGGUCGUUAUGGGCCUAUAGUAGAUGUCUACAUUCCAGUUGACUUCUAUACACGCCGAGCAAGAGGAUUUGCAUACAUUCAGUUUGAGGACGUCCGCGAUGCCGAGGACGCCCUUCACAACCUGGACAGGAAGUGGGUGUGUGGCCGGCAGAUUGAGAUCCAGUUUGCCCAGGGAGACAGAAAGACACCCAGUCAGAUGAAGUGUAAGGAGCGGCGCUCCCCACGCAGCUUCUCUCGCUAUGACGACUACGAGCGUGACGCCCGCCGCCGGCGCUCCCGCAGCCGCAGCUACGAGCGCCGCAGGUCCCGCAGCCCCUCGUACGAGCGCCGGCCCCGCAGGUCCGACAGCCCCAGAGACUCCCGCGGCCGUUCCUAUGGACGACACCGAAGAAGUAGAAGCCACGAGAACGACAGGUACAGGGCCCCACAGCGAGAGCACCACAGGCCACACCACGGGCCCGCCUCCCGGAGCCGGUCCAACUCCCCGUCCCCGUCCCGCUCCCGCUCCAAACCCCGCAGCAAGAAGGAGGCCAGGGCCAAGUCCCGCUCGCGCUCCAAAUCCCUGAGCCCCCCGGCCGAGGACUUCCACCUGCCGUCUGGCUCCCGCGAGCCACAGGACUCCCACACACACUCGCCCUCCCGGUCCCGAUCCCGCUCCCUCUCCCGGUCCCGGUCGCGCUCCAGAUCCUGGGCUGGCCGCAAAUCAGGGGGGCACUAAACACAACCCCCUCAACUAGCCGGACGAUUCUGUAACCCUGCAACACCACACAGAUUCUGUUUUACACAUUAAAAACCAGUUUACCAUUAGCAGCUUCACAGACUUUCAGAUUCACCAUUUGUUUUGGAGGUUACUGGAGUUCAUCUGGUGGUGGAGGUUCUGUUAGGCUUUUCAGUGACGGUGGGCGGCAGAGCAGUAACCUGAAUUUGGGACUGGCCUCGUUUGGAGGAAGAGCUGUCACUGUUCGGAGGCUGUCAAGCCAGCCCCUUGUUUUUGUUUUUAAAUGAGGAUGAAAAGCGAAAACUUACUGUAUGUUCAGGCGGUACCAGCUGAUGGUCCCUUGUGGCAGCCUUUUUUUAAAGCUAAGUUGUAUUGUAAUUUGUAAGUGCUGUUGAUUUGUUGAUUGCUUUGCCUGUUCUGCUUUUGAUUUCAGAAGUUUCAGAACUGCUGCUCUGUUGGCAGCACAGGGUUAACGGUCAUACCCCGCCUGAAGUAUUAAGACAAGCAUUUCAGGAGCGGACAUCUCCCAUCUCACAUCAAUAUGUAGUAUAGACUUUCUGUUGCGUAACUUCAACAAUGAAAACUUAACUGUAGCCUCUAGGACGUUUUGAUCUUUUGUGUGGAAAACAUUAAUUGUAUAUGGCUACUUGUUUUUUAAUGCAGGUUUCCUGUUGUACUUACUGACGUGUGGCAUUUUUCCUUAUAUAACAGGAAAAUGACUUUCUUUUUCUGUGAUAUGUAAUGGGACUGCUUGUUUUGGGAGUUCCUCUGUGUCAGUGCAGAACCAGUCUUCCACUUGAAAAGUUUAUUUGUAUUUUCUAAAAUAUAUGACAGGUAUUUGUUCAAGUGUAUUCACUUAAGUAUUGUUAUUUUCCCGUGUAUAAUCUCAUUGAAAUAAUACUCUGAAAAGUUUGGCAUCAGAUGUAUUCAGUGCAGCUCAACAUGCAACUCUCUUCAGCCGUUUUGUACAUCACAUUUGGGGAACAAUAUUUUUCACAGGUUUGUUCCAUUUGUAAUAAAUGUGCAGUACUGUUUCAAAUGGCAUUGUUUGUUUUAUCUAUAUUUUCCACCAUUAGUUACUGAUUCUCUGUACAGUGUAAACUUGGCGUUUCUUUAUGGAAGUAAAAUCCAUCGCAUUGUGAACAUGUGCGGUUUAUGAAACUGCUUCUCGCAGCUCUUCACUAAAUAUCACCCUUAUCAGUUUGAAAAUGUGUGCUUCCAA